UUUCUCUGUGUCUCUUAUCUCGCCAUGUGUCUCUCUGUGUCCCAGGUGUCUCUCUCAAGGCGUCCGGUCCCAUUUGUCCCGACUGUGGGAAGCGUUUCGCCAACAACUGGAACCUAAAGGCUCACAGCAAGACUCACACGGACGUGCGUGACCGCCACGCCUGCCCGCUGUGCCCCAAGGACUUCAGCAACAGCUGGAACCUGGCCCAGCACGUGCGGGCGCACGCCGCCAAGCCCGUGCACGGCUGCGCGCGUUGCGGCAAGGCGUUUGCGCUGCGCUCGGCGCUGCGCAAGCACGAGGCGACGCACAGCGGGGCGCGGCCGCACGUCUGCGUGGACUGCGGCAAGGCGUUCGCGCAGCCGUCGCACCUGCGGGAGCACCGAAUGAUCCACACGGGCGCCUGGCCCUACGCCUGCGCCGAGUGCGGCCGCGGCUUCUCCCACCCGUCGACGCUGCGCACGCACGCGCGCACCCACACGGGCGAGCGGCCGCACGCCUGCGCCGAGUGCGGCAAGCGCUUCCUGCAGUCGUCCCACCUGCGGGACCACGAGCGCACGCACAGCGGGGAGCGCCCCUACGCGUGCCCGCGGUGCGGCCGCGGCUUCGCGCAGGCCUCCCACCUGCGGGAGCACGGCAGGGUGCACGGAGACGUCGGGGAAGGGGGCGGGGGCGGCCCGGGGGGCCCUCGGGGCCCGCGCGGGGGGGCCCGGGGCCCCCACGUUUGCGCCGUGUGCGGCCGGGCCUUCCCCAAGCGCCAGCGGCUGGAGCGGCACUGCCUCACGGCGCACGCCGGGGAGGGGGGGGGAGCGUGUCUGAACCGCCACUGCCAGUGA